AUGGCCAUGUGGAUCCAAGCCCAGCAACUACAGGGCGAUGCCUUACACCAGAUGCAGGCUCUUUACGGCCAGCACUUUCCAAUUGAGGUUCGACACUACUUGGCCCAGUGGAUUGAGAGCCAACUCUGGGAUUCAAUCGAGUUGGGCAACCCAGCUGAGGAAGCCAAGGCCAAGCGUCUUUUGGACAACUUGGUGGCAGAGCUCCAAAGGAAAGCCCAGCUUCAGGGAGGAGAAGAUGGCUUUCUUCUAAAGAUCAAGCUAGGACACUAUGCAAACCAGCUAAAAAGUACUUAUGACCGCUGUCCUUUGGAGCUAGUGCGCUGCAUCAAACACAUCUUGUGUUCCGAGCAGCGAUUGGUUCAGGAAGCUUCAAAUGCAAAUUGUGUAAUAGGGGGACAGACGUUGGACAGUCUGUCCCAGCGCCAUCAGCAGAUCAAUCAGGCCUUUGAAGAGCUCCGGCUAGCCACGCAGGAGACUGAGAAUGAACUGAGAAAGCUGCAGCACAGCCAAGAGUACUUUAUCAUCCAGUACCAGGAGAACUUGCGUAUCCAGGCCCAGCUGAGCAGCCUUAGCUCCCUGCCUCCAGCUGAACGCACCCAACGGGAAACCCCCCUACAAAGCAAGAGGGCAACUGUGGAGGCCUGGCUCGCCAGAGAGGCCAGCACAUUACAAAAAUACAGGCUUGACCUUUCAGAACAACACCAAAAGACCCUGAGCCUUUUGAGGAAACAACAAACUUUGAUUUUAGAUGAGGAGCUCAUACAGUGGAAGAGGAGGCAGCAGUUAGCUGGCAACGGGGGUCCUCACGAGGGAGGACUAGAUGUUCUUCAGUCCUGGUGUGAAAAAUUGGCCGAUUUAAUCUGGACAAAUCGGCAGCAGAUUCGACGCUGCGAACAUCUUACUCAGCAACUUCCUCUGCCAGGCUCCAUGGAAGACGUGCUGAACAAACUCAAUGCCGACAUCACUGAUAUCAUCUCCGCUUUGGUCACAAGCACCUUCAUCAUAGAAAAACAACCGCCCCAGGUGUUAAGAACCCACACCAAGUUUGCGGCAACAGUGCGACUUUUGGUGGGUGGGAAGCUCAAUGUCCACAUGAAUCCACCUCAAGUCAAGGCUGUCAUUGUGAGUGAGCAACAGGCCAAAGCACUACUCAAAAAUGAAAGCACACACAGUGAAAGCAGCGGUGAAAUUCUUAACAACAACUGUGUGAUGGAGUAUCACCAGGCGACAGGCACUCUCAGUGCACACUUCAGAAACAUGUCUCUGAAGCGAAUCAAGCGUUCGGACCGUCGCGGUGCAGAGUCGGUGACUGAGGAAAAGUUCACGGUUCUGUUUGAAUCGCAAUUCAGCAUCGGUGGCAAUGAGCUAGUAUUCCAUGUCAAAACUUUAUCACUACCCGUGGUGGUGAUAGUCCACGGUAGUCAGGACAACAAUGCCACAGCAACAGUACUUUGGGACAAUGCCUUCGCUGAACCAGGUCGUGUGCCUUUCAUUGUACCAGACAAGGUAUUAUGGAAUCAACUAUGUGAAGCCCUAGAUAUGAAGUACAAGGCAGAGAUGCAUAGUGGCCGCGGCCUGUCAGAGAAUAACCUGGUUUUCCUAGCACAGAAAGCUUUCACGAGUACAAGUAACAACCCAGAGGAAUACCGCAACAUGACCAUAUCUUGGGCACAGUUCAACAGGGAGAAUUUACCCGGACGCAACUUCACCUUUUGGCAGUGGUUUGAUGGAGUCAUGGAACUUAUGAAGAAACACCUCAAGCCCCAUUGGAAUGAUGGGGCCAUCCUGGGUUUUGUGAACAAACAGCAGGCACAGGAUAUGCUCAUGUCAAAACCCAAUGGGUCAUUCCUCCUGCGUUUUAGCGACUCUGAAAUCGGUGGCAUCACUAUUGCCUGGGUUGCGGAAAACCCCAACAAAACGGGUGAAAGGCUGGUCUGGAAUCUGUUGCCUUAUACAUCCAAGGAUUUCUCCAUUCGCUCCUUGGCGGACCGUAUCAGUGAUCUGAACCAUCUCUUGUUUCUCUAUCCCGACCGACCUAAAGAUGAAGUCUUUGCCAAGUACUACACACCACCACUCUCAAAAGCUGUGGAUGGCUACGUGAAACCACAGAUCAAACAAGUUGUGCCAGAAUUCACCACCCCAAAUCCUGAACCUUCCGGAACAACUCCUACAUUCAUGGACCAGACGGCUUCCCCAUCCGUGGUUAGCCCCAACAAUUUUGCUGCCUAUCACUCCAUGGGGGACACCAUGUUGGAUGCAGACGCAGACUUUGACUUGGAUGAUACCAUGGACGUAGCUCGACAUGUGGAGGAGCUUCUCCGUAGGCCGUUGGCCUAA